AUGGCAGAUAGCAUCUGUUCUCUCGCUGUCCGGACUGCCUAUAUGCUGGGUCUUCAUCUGGAACCACCAACAACGUUGCCCUCAUGCGAGAGGGAACUACGGAGACGACUAUGGUGGUCUGUUUUUGAACUGGACACUAAAGUCGGCAUCAAAGUUGGCCGCCCAUUUCUUAUUCGUACUACACAUAUGAUGCCCCAGUUACCCCGAGACGACCUUGCGGCAGCCAUUGAGUCAGGAUCGACGUUUGCUCCUAUCGGAGACAACGCUACCUGGCUAAGCUUCAACUUACAACGGUUCACACUAUAUAAAAUUGCGCGAGAGCUCAACCUGUCCUUCUAUGGCCACGAGCUCAAAUUCAAAGAUGGAGACUCAUUUUACAACGACGAUAGCGCCAUGGACGAUCUUGCAGUCACUUGGGGUCCACAAACAACGGCCUUGACCGAGUGGACGAAGCAAGUUCCUAACCCUCUCCAGAACAAGCGCAAGAACGGCGUUGCGUUUUCUGGUGAUGGCUCGACACUCGACCUCGAACCAUAUGCACCACUCUGGCUGCAAAGACAACGGCUAUGUCUCGAACUAGAAUACAAUCAUCUAUGUAUCAGUCUUCACCGCCCUUUCAUAUCGUUUUCACUCAAUCAGGGAAGUAAUACAGUCGCCAUGGCUGUCAAGUGUGCGCACCACGCCAUAGAAUUAACCAACAUCGUUCAUCAGGUGCUAACCACAACGACUAUACUCCACGGCUGGCACGAGGCCUUUCAGUGGCAGUGGAGUGCAGCCAUGACGCUUGUGGGAUUCGUUAUGGCAAACACGCAAGAUCCUCUUGCACCAGCGGCCCGUAAAUCUAUACAGUUAGCUGUUUCUGUGCUCGACAUGUUUGCCUCAAGUUUUGACGCCGCGGUCAAGGCAGCUAUUAUUGUACGGACAUUGCACACAAACAUUGAAUCUGUCAUGACACAGUUCGAAGCCCAAACAGCCCACUUCGCAGGGACAACGAAUGUUAAUCCUUUGCUGGAUAGAUCUGUUUCGUUACAUGAGGGUGGUGAUGAUGGUGUUCCAAGUCAAUUCGAUGGCGUUGGAAAUGAUUUCGACCUUUUGGAGAUGACCAUGAACGUGGAUUUCUGGGCUGAACUGGAUAUGCUUUUACCUGGAGGUUCUGGAACUACCACAUCGCUAUAA